AUGAAUAAUAAGACGGGCAGUAACGUAACUGAGAUUGAACAGUUGAAACUCAAACGCACUAGGGAGCGCACAAAGGCCACAAAGUUAACAAACGAGUUAAAGUCCCUAUACACACAAGUCCGUGGUGAUAGUGACGGCAUCGCGCGGGACGAGCUCGACUACAACAUCGAGAUUGGAGAGGGCCACCUGGAGGUGCUGGAGAACUUGGAGUCGGAGCUGAAGGCGCUCGGCGUUGAAGAUGAGUCGGCGCACAUCGCAGACCUCCACAAGGCCAUCGGUCUCGGGAAGCGCCUCCUGACGCGGACAGAGCAAGCCGAAGCCGCUCCAGUACCAUCCGCGCCUCCGGCGAUGUUCAAGCUGGACAUCACCGUGCCCAGGUUUAAAGGUGACCUGCUGGCCUGGCCGGAGUUCUGGGAGAUCUUCGAGGCCUACGUUCACACCAACAGGGGUUACUCCUCUGUUCAGAAGCUCUGCUUCCUGCGUCAACAUCUCGAUGGACCUGCAGCCCGUGCGAUCCAGGGACUACCACUGACAGCCGAUAACUACAUGGUGGCUGUGGAGAUCCUCAGGGAGCGGUUCGGGAAGGACGACAUCCGCAAGGACUCUCUCAUCACUAAGCUUUUGAACCUGCCGGCCGUCACCAGCGCGGACAACCUCAAAGCUCUGAGGCGCUUGGUGGACGAGGUGACGACAGGUGUUCGCUCACUGGAAGCCAUGAGGGUGCCGAACAUCGGAAGCGUCCUGCUCCCGGUGCUGAAGGGAAAAAUUCCCGCUCCCUGGAGGCUUCAAUGGGCCAGGCAAAGACACCAGCAGCAGCUCCGACGCCCACUUCAACAUCAGGCUCCUCCCAUCUUCGGACCGAAAUGCAGCCUGCAGCAGCAUCACGCGCUGUGCAGCUGCAACCAGACGACCCAGGUCAACGGCCCGGCAACUGCUUUCCUGACACCGAGGAGCCACAACCGGUGA